CACUGCCGCUACUUGUUAAGGGAAAUGAAGGACGAAGUAAAGAUGGACGCGAAUCGGCUCAUCGCCGAAGUUUAUAAACGACCCGCGCUUUGGAACCAGAGACACAUAUCCUAUCAUAAUCGAGAAGUAACCAACCGCGUUUGGAUGGAAAUAGCAGCGAUCUUCAAGCUUCCCAAACCAGUAUUAAAGGCUAAAUGGAAAGGUCUCCGGGACACGUUUCGUGCCGAGCUUAAGAAAGAUAAAUUUUUUCGAAGAAGUAAAUAUCAUCGCAACAGACCAGUAUGGAUUCAUUUCAAGAGUUUACAAUUUUUGAAGGAACAAAUGCUUCCAAGACCACCGAUUUGGGAACGUGGAAAAGCAGCAGGUAUGGAUGGGGAUCAAGGAUUAGGAGAAAACGAAUCGGAAGGAAUGUUGACCAAGAAUGGUACACCAUUGAAAAGAAAUAUGGACGACAGGGAUACCUUGGCCGAUCAAUUGUUGUCAAUGAGCUGUGAAAAUGGUACGUUGCAAAUCGAAGGUAUCGAUCAUAGAGUUGAUGUUAAACAAGAACCAGAAGAGAACUUCGAUAAUUUGGAGUUUCAAAAUGUGACGGAUAAUUUAGCGGACGAUGAAAUGAUGUUGCAAAAUAUAUCACCUGAACAAGUAUUGAUGGGUGAGAGCGAUAAUGGUAAUGGAUUAACGAAUGAUCCUUUGGAAGGUAAUCGUUUUGAUGAUACUUAUUAUUUCUUCAUGAGUCUUUUACCACACAUGAGAAAUUUACCGGCCGAUCGAAGAAUGUUACUUCGAAUUCAAAUGGAAGAAUUGGUUUACAAAGAAGUUUAUAAAAAAGGUAACGAAGAAGUCGAUGCAUGAUGAGAAAAGGAGCUUGGACAACAACAGUCCAAUGCAAUGACAAAUUUGAAAAAUGAAACGACCGAUUUUCGUGUACAAUCAAACAACGGAGAUCAGUCCUAACAAUAAUCUUCAAGAACGAAAUCACCGUCUUCUUCUUCUUCUUCUUCUUCUUCUUCUUGGUCGAAAGUGGAAAAGGUCGCGUAGCAAAAUGGAACAAAUAUACAUACAAAUAUAAGUCUUGACAUUUUUGUUCCUUUCUAUGCAUGGAUUUCUACUUGUGAAACAAUGACGCUUUCCGUUUUGCUCGUAAAACCAUUGAAAUUGGCUGUGAAGAGAUCUGUUGACAAUAGAAACGAAGAUGACG